AUGGUCUUUGAAAUCAAACUGAAUGGCACUGUAGUCACGACUGGUGGUAACCGUGGUAUUGGUCUCGCCAUUUCCAAGGCAUGUGCUCAGGCAGGUGCGAAUGUAGCCAUCCUCUACCACUCGAACCCCGACGCUGAGAAGACAGCCGAAGAGGUGGCGAAGGAGUACGGUGUGAAGGUGAAGGCUUACAAGUGUGACGUAAGUGACGCUGAGCUCGUGAAGAAGACAAUCCAGCAAGCUGAGUCUGAGCUUGGCCAGAUCACUGGCCUUGCUGCCAAUGCUGGCGUCUCGAUCGUCAAACCAGCCUUGGAGCUGACGCCUGAGGACUUCUACAAGGUGUUCAACGUGAAUGUGCUCGGUGUCUUCAAUGCAUGCAAGAGCGUUGCCCAGCACUGGGUUGAGACGGGCUUUGAGAAGGGCUCGAUCGUCGUCACGUCCAGUAUGAGCUCAGAAAUCUACAACCAAAAGGGCCCGAAUGAUCCGCUCACACAGGUGUUCUACAACGCCUCGAAGGGCGCUGCUACGAACAUGGUUAAGGGUCUUGCGGCUGAAUUCGCCAAGUACAAGAUUCGCGUGAAUGCUCUUGAGCCUGGCUUCUGCAACACAGAGCAGACUAGUGUGAUGGACAAGACGAUCCGAGACUACCAGGCUUCGAGCGUGCCAAUGGGCCGUUUCAGCGAGCCCCACGAGCAGGGUGCGCCGUGUGUGUUCUUGCUCAGUGAGUACGCAAGCUACAUGACUGGUGGCCACAUCCGUCCUGACGGUGGCUUCACUCUCUGGUAA